CGGUAGGGUAAACAUGCAGUGAGGGAGUACAGGCUUACCGAUUUCCAUGGCCGACGUUCUGGUGCUCAGAGCGAUCCGGGGCAAUGCCAGGACUCUGAACCUGAACAGCAAGAGACUGCAGCAAGCGCCCCGGGCCCUGGGCAGCCUCAGCCAGCUGACGAACCUGCAAAUGAAGAACAACCUGCUGUGCCAGCUUCCGCCAGAGGUGGCAGCACUGAGCAAUCUGACUGUGUUGAACUUGGGGAAUAACAUCUUUGAACAAGUGCCGCCAGAGCUGAAGUAUCUUCAUUCCUUACAGACUCUGCAUCUGUUUAGAAAUAAGAUCACCGGAAUACCCCCUGAUGUGUUUGAUGGGUUAGAAAAUCUUCUCUUUGUUAAUCUGAACAACAACCAGCUGGAGCACCUCCCUCCGGAAAUUCACAAGUUGCAGCGACUUGAAAAACUCAGUAUUAACCAUAACCUUCUAAAAGAUAUUCCUAAAGAGUUGUGUGUCCUGCAAAACCUACAAGAACUGCACUUAGGAAACAACCAACUGGAGACAUUGCCGGAGCAAAUAGGUUAUUUAACCAAUCUGAAGGAGCUGCAUGUCUAUCGCAACAAUCUGAUUGGCCUGCCUGAGGGUAUUUGUAGGCUGAGAAAGCUAAGGAUCCUGGAUGUUGCAGCAAACCAGAUUCAGUCAUUUCCAUCCCGUAUGAAUGAGUUUCCACUGCAAGAACUGUACUGUGAGGAGAACCCUCUGCUAAAGAGAGAGCCGGUGACUGCCAUUCAAGAUGAAGAAAUUCUGUCCCUGAAGGAAAUGACAGCAAGAUUCAUUUUAAGUCAUGUACAGGACAGAGACUCAAUGAUACGAGAGCAAAUCCAGCAUUAUCCUGAAACAAAGAAAAUACUUUCCAGCAGAAAUAUCUGUGACCUGUGUGGGAAGUGGUUUCUAGACAUGUGGCUUGAAUGUGUGAAGUUUGUGGGCAUAAAAAAGAAAAUGAAAACCUCAAGCAAUAUACAGCUCCUGCCAGUGAAGAUUUUGAUAUGUUCAUACAGAUGCUUCAAUCAAAGACAAAGUGAUAUGUAUGGAGUAGCAGUCCAGUAACACAAUGCUGUUUUGGGGGAUUUGUCUGUGGGG